AUGCCUUUCUCUCUGCGGGUUGUUUCAGCGGCCAUCGCCUUCUCUAUCGGCGCCAGUGCCGUCGAGAAGAGAGGCGCCGCCACCCUCGGCGAUGUCUGCACCACGGCGUACGCCAAGGCAUCGCUCCCCGCCCACGGCUUCUUCCCCGGCAUCACCAUCGACCCGGUCUCGGUCCAGACAUCGAUCGUCACCAAGGCCGCGGUCACCUCCGAGUGGUUCCCCGCCAGCGUCGUCGACUACUGCAACGUGACUUUCGCCUACAAGCACGAUGGCCUCACCGGCGACAGGGUGCAGGUGACGUACUGGGUGCCCGCGCCGGACAGGUUCCAGAACCGCUACGUCUCGACCGGGGGCGGAGGCCUCGCCAUCAACUCGGGGAAGGGGUUUAUUCCUACUGGCAUCAUUGUCGGCGCCGUGUCGGGCUUGACCGACGGCGGCUUCGGGUCCUUCAGCAACCAGGCCGACUCGGUGUUUCUGCUCUCCAACGGCACCGUGAACUGGCAGGCAACCCACAUGUUCGGGUACCAAGCCCACCACGAGCUCGCCACUCUGGGCGCCGAGUUCGCCAGGAACCUGUUCAACGUGUCCAAGGUCUUCUCGUACUACCAGGGCUGCUCCGAGGGCGGCCGCGAGGGCUGGAGCCAGCUGCAGCGGUUCGCCGACCAGUUCGACGGCGCCGCCAUCGGCGCGCCCGCCUUCCGCUUCAGCCAGCUGCAGGUCAGCCACCUGACCCCCAGCGUGGUCGAGCAGACGCUGGGCUACUUCCCGCCGCCGUGCGAGCUGGAGAAGAUUGUUAACCUCACCAUUGCCGCCUGCGACGGGCUGGACGGCCGCCUCGACGGCGUCGUGGCCCGGUCCGACCUGUGCAAGCUGCACUUCAACAUCAGCAGCACCAUCGGCGCCCCCUACUCCUGCGCAGCCACCGGCACCGGCGGCGGCUUCGGUCGGCCGGGCGCACGCAAGCCGCGACAGUUCCCAUUCCCGGCCCCGAGCCCCGCGCAGAACGGCACCGUCACCGCCCAGGCCGUCGCCGUGGCCCAGACCAUCCUCAACGGGCUGCACGACUCGCAGGGCCGCCUCGCGUACCUCGCGCCGCAGCCGGCCGCGGGCUUCUCGGACGCGCGCACAACCUUCGACGCCGCCGCCAACAAGUGGCGCCCGAGCAUCAACGGGCUAGGCGGCGAGUGGGUGGCGCGGUACCUGCAGCUGCGCGACACGAGCGUGCUGGGCAGCCUCGACGGGGUCACGUACGACACGCUCAAGGCCUGGAUGGUGCAGGGCCAGAACGCGUACGCCGACACGCUGCAGACGACGUACCCGGACCUGGCCCCCCUGAGAGCCGCCGGCGCCAAGGUCGUGCAAGUCCACGGCGAGGCGGACGACGGCAUCCCCGCCGGAUCUUCCGUGCACUACUACGAGGCCGUGCGCGCCGUCAUGUUCCCCGACCUGCCGUUCAACGCCAGCACGGCCGUGCUGGACGACUUUUAUCGGCUGUAUAUCGUACCUGGCGGCGCGCACUGCGGGCCGAACAGGGCCCAGCCCGCCGGCGGCUGGCCGCAGACGACGCUGCAGACCGUCAUCGAGUGGGUUGAGGAGGGCGUUGCGCCGGACACGCUGAAUAGCACCUCUGCGGGCGGGAUCGAUGCCAUUUGCCGCUGGCCGCUGCGGCCGCUUUGGUCUGCCAACGGGACGAAGUUGGACUGUGUCUACGACCAAAAGUCGAUCGACACGUGGAAGUACAAGUUUGACGCGUAUAAUUUGCCGCUGUACUAG